UCUAAGUUUUUACCUGGGAGCAAAAGUGAUGCAAGCGUUUCUGGUGAGACCAAUCCUUGGUUUAGGGUGGGGAGGAGCUGCAUAACAGGCCAUCUGCAGACUCCUGAAGACAGCAGAGACGCUGAGAAAGGGCUUUCCUUACACAUCGUAUGCAGGCUGUUGGAAGGACUAAAGCAGCAGCUCCCUUGGAUCCGUUCACCAGGGAGAGCAGAAACAAUGACUUGGCUCCUUUUCAGAACCACAGGGGCUCUGGCCAUUUUGAUGGUGGUCCUAUUGGUUCAUGGAGAAUUGAGAAUAGAGACAAAAGGACAACACGGAGAAUAUGAGACAGCAGUACAACAAGCCAAAAGGAGAUAUAAACGUGAAUGGGUGAAGUUUGCAAAACCUUGCAGAGAAGGAGAAGACAACUCCAAAAGAAAUCCAAUUGCCAAAAUUACUUCAGACUUCCAAGCAACCCAGAAAAUUACCUACCGCAUCUCUGGAAUAGGAAUUGAUCAGCCCCCUUUUGGAAUCUUUGUUGUUGACAGAAACACUGGAGAAAUUAACAUAACAGCCAUAGUGGAUCGUGAGGAAACUCCAAGCUUCCAGAUCACGUGUCACGCUCUCAAUGCCCAAGGACAAGAUGUAGAGAGACCACUUAUAUUAACAGUCAAAAUUUUAGAUAUCAAUGACAACGCUCCAGUGUUUUCACAGAGUGUAUUCAUGGGUGAAAUCGAAGAAAACAGUGCUGCGAACUCACUGGUGAUGAUACUAAAUGCCACAGAUGCAGAUGAACCAAACCACCUGAACUCUAAAAUCGCCUUCAAAAUCGUCUCUCAGGAACCUGCAAGCACACCCAUGUUCCUCCUGAGCAGACACACGGGGGAAGUCCGUACUCUGACCAAUUCACUCGAUCGAGAGCAAGUUAGCAGCUAUCGUCUGGUUGUGAGUGGUGCAGACAAAGAUGGAGAAGGACUAUCAACUCAAUGUGAAUGCAGUAUUAAAGUGAAAGAUGUGAAUGAUAAUUUCCCAAGGUUCAGAGAAUCACAGUAUUCAGCGCGUAUUGAGGAAAAUACUUUAAGUUCCGACUUGCUUCGAUUUCAAGUAAUAGAUUUGGAUGAAGAGUUCACAGAUAACUGGCUUGCGGUGUAUUUCUUUACCUCUGGAAAUGAAGGGGGUUGGUUUGAAAUACAAACUGAUCCCAGAACUAACGAAGGCAUCCUGAAGGUGGUUAAGGCCCUAGAUUACGAACAACUGCAAAACGUGCAACUUGGUAUUGCCGUCAGAAACAAAGCCGUAUUUCACAAAUCAGUAAUCUCCCAAUACCGAGUCCAGUCAACCCCACUCACAAUUCAAGUAGUAAACGUGAGAGAAGGAAUUACAUUCCGUCCUGCUUCCAAGACGUUCACUGUCCAAAAAGGCAUAAGUAUUAGAAAACUGGUCAAUUAUAUCCUGGGAACAUAUCAGGCCAUUGACGAAGACACUAACAAAGCUGCCACAUCCGUCAGAUAUGCCUUGGGACGUAACGAUGGUGGUUUGCUAAUUAUUGAUUCAAAAACUGCUCAAAUCAAAUUUGCCAAAAACAUCGACCGGGAUGCUACAUUCAUUGUCAACAAGACAAUCACAGCUGAGGUUCUGGCCAUAGAUGAAAGCACGGGUAAAACUUCUACAGGCACCGUAUACGUUAGAGUACCUGAUUUUAAUGAAGACUGUCCAAACAUUGUCCUGGAAAAGGAAGCCAUCUGCAGUGUGUCCCCUUCCGUGGUCGUCUCGGCUAGAGUGCUGGAGCGGGAUAAAUACUCGGGCCCCUACACGUUCUCCCUUGAGGAGCAGCCUCUCAAACUGCCGGUGGUGUGGGGCAUCACAACGCUGAACGCUACCUCUGCGCUCCUAAGAGCCCCGCAGCAGGUGUCUCCUGGCGUGUACAGAAUCUCCCUCGUGGUCACGGAUGGUCAGGGCAGGCGGUGCGAGACACCGGAGAGCUUGACUCUGGAAGUCUGUCAGUGUGACAACAGGAACACCUGUAGCAGAACUGUGACUCCAACCAAAGCCCCCUGGAUCAGACGGGAUCAGUCGUCCUGGAGGCUGGGGCCUGCCGCCAUCGGCCUGCUCCUCCUGGGUCUUCUGAUGCUGCUGUUGGCCCCUCUUCUGCUGCUGACUUGUGACUGUGGGACGGGUCCUAUCAGCGGCGUGACUGGUGGAUUUAUCCCAGUGCCUGAUGGUUCAGAAGGAACAAUUCAUCGGUGGGGAAUCGAAGGAGCCCAACCUGAAGACAAGGAAAUCACAAAUAUCUGUGUGCCACCCAUAACUGCCAAUGGAGUCGAUGUCAUGGAAAACUCUGAAGUCUGUACAAAUAUGUAUGCUGGAGGGACAGUGGUAGAAGGAGCUUCGGGAAUGGAACUGACCACCAAGCUUGGAGCAGCUGCAGGAUCUGGAGCCACUGCGGGACUUGGAGCAGCCGGUGGACUGGGUGUGUAUUCUGCCGGACUGUCCGGAACGAUGCGAACAAGGCACUCCACCGGAGGAACCAACAAGGACUACGGCGAAGGGGCCGUCAACAUGAACUUCCUGGACUCCUACUUCUCCCAGAAAGCAUUUGCCUGUGCAGACGACGACGAUGGCCAGGAAGCAAAUGACUGCUUGCUGAUCUAUGAUAACGAAGGAGCUGGGGCCCCCGGUUCUCCUAUCGGCUCCCUGGGUUGUUGCAGUUUUAUUGCCGAUGAGCUGGAUGACAGCUUCUUGGACUCACUCGGCCCCAAAUUUAAAAAGCUUGCAGAGAUAAGCCUCGGGGUGGAUGACGAAGCCAAAAUAUCUCAGCCAGCCACCAAAGACAGCAGUGCUGGGAUUGGAUCCUGUGGCCAAUCUGUAGAGGUCCAGCAGUCAGAAUCUGUUAGGUACCAGGCUGUGUCAGGCAGCCAGGGAGCUUCCGCUUUGUCCGCCUCGGGUUCCAUCCUCCAACCAGCCAUUUCCAUCCCUGACCCUCUGCAGCAAGGCGGUAGCUAUUUGGUGACGGAAACUUACUCAGCUUCCGGUUCCCUCGUGCAACCCUCCACUGCAGUCUUUGAUCCACUUCUCACACAAAAUGUAAUAGUGACGGAAAGAGUGAUUUGUCCCAUUUCCAGUGUUCCUGGCAACCUGCACGGUCCAACAGAGCUACGAGCGUCCUGUAAUAAGAUCUGUACAGAAGAUCCUUGCUCCCGUCUGAUAUGACCAAAAUGAACUGGAAUAACAUACUGGCCAAAUUUGGAUAUUUGAACCAAAUUAUUCAAAACAGCACAGCAAAUCUCACAGUAUUGGCCUAAUUUGGAACUUACUUGCUAAUGUAACCUCAUGAUCACAGUCUAAAUUUUCUAGUUCGUGCUGUCACUCAAACUGGAAGUGUUGUCACUCUUACCUCUCAGAUACUAUUCAAGUCACAGUAAAUCACAGUGUUUUUCAAGAAGUCUUAAGAUCUCAUUCAGUGGGAAAAUUCCCUAACAAUUUUUAAAUUUCAAAUGCAAUGUGUUUUAGUGGAUUAAGUGCUUGGAGGCAAAAGCCCCGGUUCUUGCCUCUCUCAUCUUU